AUGGCAGUGUUCGAUUUUUUGCACCCGUUGAACAACGUAACACCAAAAUUUACGGAAGAACAACUAGCUGAAAUUGUCGAGUGGUUUGAUGAAAAUUCAAAGCCAUUGCUUGUCAUAAAUCAAGCCGACGAACCCACCAAUGUAAUAACUAUUGAACAAUUACAAAUUUUCCUAGGACUAAAGAAAUUUCACCGUCGAAGUUUUCAUUAUCCUAGUUAUGCAGAAAUUAUGAAGGAGGUGGAGAUUUUAAAAAUGGGCACCCACAGGAUGUUGAUCAAGGAUCAGUUUAUCUACAUUCUCAAUCAGUGGGUGAUGGAACCGGACAUGAAACAUGAACUAAAGCUUGCUUUUAAGGUGUUCGAUACGGAGGAACGUGAUUAUUUGGAAACAGAUAUCCUGAAAGAAGUUAUGACUACUUACGGAGAACCAUUAGAUUUAGAUGAAUGUAUAGAAUUUAUUCGUGACGCUAAUGUAGCUGGUGACGGCAACGUGAUUUAUGAAGAUUUCGUCGAAAGUUUAUUUACUCUGGCACCCGAAUUAUAUGAGUUGCCGAAAGAAUAUUUAUAUGAAGAUCCAGAUGAAGAUCCCUCUGUACCUCCUUUACCCCCCGAACCUGAACCUGAGCCUGAACCUGAAGCACCACCACCUCCUCCACCUCCGCCUCCACCAGCAAAGAAAGGAGCUGAUAAAGAUAAAAAGGGGAAGAAGAAAUAA